GUGAUCUCGUUUCACGCGAGAGUAUUGUAACGUUAUUUUAACGUCCAUUGUUGUUUACAAAUUUGCCGGGUAGGCCCAAUCUGAGAAAAUCCACAUAAAUCAAAGAUGAGUAAAGCGCAUCCACCAGAGCUGAAGAAGUACAUGGAAAAGAGACUUGCAUUGAAGCUGAAUGGUGGUAGAAGAAUCAAUGGUAUCUUACGUGGGUUUGAUCCUUUCAUGAACCUCGUUAUAGAUGAGACAGUUGAAGAAACAAAAACAGGCGAGAAACAUGCAAUCGGAAUGGUGGUUGUACGUGGGAACAGCAUAAUCAUACUGGAGGCUUUAGACAGGGUCUGAUAGUAGGAACAAACUUUGAAGAUAAAACAUUCUAGUGUAAAUAAUUUGGUUUUCUCUAAAAGAGAAUAGAAUAUAAAACAGCCUUGGGAUCUGAACAUUGAUCAGUAUGAAUUGGAAACUGAAAAAGUAAAAAAAAUUCAGGAAGUGAUAACAGGUAUGAGUCGAGUGACCAAAUACAAAAUAAUUUAUAUUGUUUACACCGAUUCAUUAUCUGAUUUUAAAAGAAGAAAAUUCUGACAGUGUCAAGAUCUCAUUGAAAGAACAUCAACAACUGUUGCAUUCUCCAAUUUUAAACUUGUUGAUGUGCAGAUAUCCGGCAUUUCUGCAAACAUUUUAAAAGAUUUUUUUUGUUACUUAUAAAUCAUCAACAUUGCUACAUGUAAAAAUAUCAUCUGUUUAAGAAGGUCCUUCAUUUUUCACACAAGUUGUAUGUUGUUCAUUCUUUUUAAUAUGUGUAUCAUGUUGUAAAAUAGACAUUCUUAUUUGAAUAAAAUUAAAAAAUCAAAAA